UGCCUGUGUGCGGCGGAUGCGCGCGUGCGCUUGUUCAUCGCCAUGCACAUUGUCACGUCUAUUAUCAUCCAGGCGCUUUUGCUGGGCCUGGCAUUUGUCGUUACUUGUCUGCGCUGCUGGGUCCGUAUGCGCCUAGAGAACCGGAAGCUGACGGUCGUCGACUACCUGGUAUGGGGCGGAUGGCUCUGCACGCUGGGAUGGUUCACCUGCUCGACUAAGUCGCUAUACAUUUUGAUCGACCAUCCGCUCGACGAGGAAACCCGAAGCGACUCGGUGGAUUACCUCAAGACCGUUUUCGCAUCCGUCUACUUCUUCGACGCUGGGCUAUACUUUCCCAAGGCGUCUCUCGUUGCUUUUUACUGGUGGCUGAUCCCCGUGGGGUUCAAGCGCCUUCGAAUCGCAAUCUAUGUAUCGGCUGGCGUGGUUUCCACUUCGUUCCUCGCAAGCAUACUGACCGACACGCUGAUUGCGCCCAACAUUUCUGAUAACUGGUCCAUCGAAAACCAGCUCCAGUCGACAUGGAACACAUUUGCCAAUCUCGUCAUCAACUGGGUGCUCAACUUUGGUACUGACUUGCUACUCUUCAUCCUACCAUUUUUCAUUGUCAAUUGUCUGACACUUCGAAAACGCCAGAGGAUUGGCUUGGUUGGCGUCUUCUCGCUGGGGCUCAUCACCAUGGGCAUUAGUCUGGGCCGGUUCAUUGUGUACAACAUGGAUUACGACCUUGCCGACGCCGACGGCAAUCUUUGGUGCACGGCAGAGAUGUGUACAGCCGUCAUUGUAGUGUCGCUUCCCUUCUUCAAGACACUCAUCAUGCGGUCGACGCCGCCAAACUCUACGAACCGCAGUAACAGUGGAUAUGUGAAGGGAUCAUCCAACCAGGCAAACGCACAUGGUGGCAGUGGGUUCACGUCGCGGACCCGGGGCGGCCCAAUGGAUGACGAGGUGGAGCUGACGCUGCAGGACCGUGAGCGAAAGGGAAGUCUGACUCCCACUGGAGCGACUGAUGAGGCGAGAACGCCGGAUGGGAAAGAUCAUGUAACGCUGGCGACGGAUUGGACAGUGACGAGGGAUAUUGUGUAAGAGUAGUGCGUUGAAC